GAGGAAGGGAGAGCAGCAGAGAGGUAGGGACUUGUAUUUUGUAUAUGUUAUAGAAGAUCUGUUGCUUUUUUUCCCAUCAGAUUAAGUAUUUCACAUUUUAAAAAAUCAAGCAUCCUUGAAUUUGUGCAAUGGCUUUUAGAGCAUUUACGCAAAUACGCGUGUAUGAAAAGCAAGUAGCCUCAAAAGAGAAGGACAAAAGCAGCAUCCAGUGCAUUGAGUGCUUUGACAAACAUGUGUACAUAGGGACUAGAGAUGCUACAGUCCAGCAUCUUAUCCUCCCUAGUGGAGACCAGAUAAAAGCCAGAGAAGGUAGAGUGAGGAAACUCGGCUCAAGCAACCAAGUCCUCCAACUGAGGGCAGUCCCACUUUUCAACCAUCUGCUGGUUCUGUGGGACCGGAGCAUCACAGCCCUCAACAUGUUUUCCUUAGAGCCGGUUCCUUCUCUGAAGAAGAUCCAGCACGUGUCUUUGUUUGAAGUGUGCAGCUCAUCCCUCGAUCAGAAGGCAACUUCUGUGGAGAUGGUGACUUCAUCAAGCCGCAGGAAGGUGAUCCAGAUCCACGUGGUGGGCGUGGACAGGUGGGAGGUUGUAAAGGAAGUCCCUCUCCUUCAGGAACCUGUGGCGUUGGCAGUCGAUGGUGCUAGUCUGUGUAUAGCAACCAGUGACAGGUAUCUGCUCUAUGAUGUUACGACUGGGAGGAGCCAGGAGCUUUUCCGUCAUACUCACAGCAGGCAGCGUGUCUUUGUUACACCAGCAGGGCCAGGGGAGUUCCUCUUGAACGGACCUGAACUUUUGGGCAUGUUUGUAAUGACGACAGGGAUCUGCCAGCGUCCUCCCCUGCAGUGGCCUCAGGAGGUGCUGGCAGCCCGAGUGUGUUUCCCCUACAUCCUAACCCUGCAGCCUCAAGUGCUGUCAGUGCACAGUGUGCUAGAUCAGCGGCACAAACAGACUGUGAGCCUCAGCGGAGCCAAGGGUCUGCUCUCAACAUCAGAUGGUGUGGUAGUGUUCACAGACAGAGACAUUUUCAGCCUUCAUCUGGUGCCGUUUGAAGAGCAGAUCUGCACACUUGUGAGGCUCGAGAGGGUCGAGGAGGCACUAAUAUUGCUGGAUGGAGUUAAAGGACAUCACCUACUUGAAUCACAUGAGGAGCUGCAGAAUUCUAUCACUUGCCUGGCUGGAUUUGUUCAUUACUACCGGCAGGGUUUUCCAGAGGCCAAAGAUCUGUUCAUUAAAGGUGAGCUGGACCCCAGAGAAAUCAUCCGCCUCUACCCUGACACACAGUCUGGUCUGUGCGAGGACUUCAAAUCCCAGCUUGAUCAAGCGAACAAGGCCAGAGAUCUGCAGGUGCUCUGGCAGGAGGACAGUGACACAUUUCAUCAUUACCUGCUCUUCCUGGGAGACUUUCUCAGAGCAGUCAGGGGGACGGAGCAGUGCCUGGAGUGCAGUAAGGAAGUGGACUGCGCCCUCCUGAGGCUGUACGUAGAACUGGGGGAGACUGAAAAUCUGCAGCAGCUUGUAUCUUCCCCCAAUGAGUGCAGACUGGAUGACUGUGUUCCUUUCCUGGAGAGACACAACAGAUUCUUUGCAUUAGGUUCCCUCUAUCAAAGUCAUGGAAAUCAAAAAGAUGCACUUAAGGCUUGGGUGAAAAUUGUCGAUGGCCGCCACAAAGACCCAACCUGCUCUGAUGUGUAUGGACACAUAGUGUGGACUCUCAGUCAGCUACAUGACAGUGAUGUUGUGUGGAACUUUGCAGACUGGACUCUGCAAAAUAACCAGGAGAUAGGUGUGCACAUUUUCAGCAGGCGUCCACCAGAUGCUCCAUUAGAGACACAGGAUACCCUUUCUUUCUUGGAGAAGUACCCGCUGGCGUUGCUUUUGUAUCUCGAGUUCUUAAUCCAUGAAUUGAAGAGUGAGGAGGAGAGACACCACAGCCGUCUGGCCCUGGCAUAUGUUACUCAGACGCUGCAGGAGGAAAAGGAAACAGAUUCGAUGGAGACUAGGGGGAAGUUGCAGCAUCUGCUUUGGGAAUCUAAGUUUCUUGAUGUCUCUGUUGUGCACGAGAGAAUCAAAUCUACAACCCUGCAUGUGGAGAAAGCCAUCCUCUUGAGUAGAACCGGUGAGCACACUCAGGCGCUGCAGGUGCUCGUUCACCAGGAGCGAGACCUCCAGGCUGCACAGGCCUUCUGCUGCAGGGCCGCACAAAACCGGGACUCACAGUUCAGUCAGACCCUCCUGCUCACCCUGCUCCAAAUCUACCUAAGCUCCGACGAUCUUACUAAUGCGGCUGUGGAUCUGCUCAAUGAUAACCCAGUGGCCUUUACAGCAGAGAAGGUCGUCCCGCUCCUGCCUGAGUCCUGGUCUAUUCAGCUGCUCUCCCAGUUCUUAGUUGGAUCCCUCAGGGCGACCCGCCACCAGAGGCGGAUGGCGAGCCUAGAAAAGGCUCUGAGCCAGGUGGAGCUCAUGCGGCACAAGGUCAUCUGGAUGCAAACCACAAAAACAAAGAUCAGACUGGACAAGGAGCAGAGGUGUACAGUUUGUCAAAGGGACUUUGCUGAGCCACAGUUUGCCUGCAGCCUUCAGGGUGAAAUGAUGCACACAAGGUGUAAUGACCCUUCAUCACUGUAAAGACACAGAUGGACCGACCUAUACUGUGUUUGUGCAAAUAUGUACGUCUGCCUCCUACCCGAUCUUUUCUCUGGAUCAGACAGGACAAACUCUGUACAAGGAUCUAAAUCAAGGACACUGGACCAGACACUUUCCCUGAUUAGAAAAAAGAAAAUACAUUGUGUAAAUAACAGGUUUCAAAAUGCAAACGGAGCAAAUGGUGCACUUUUCCAGAAUGGCAUGUCUGAACCGUUUCCUACAGACACCAUAGACAGCAAUAGCUAUAAAGUGAAUUGUGGAGGACACUCAGGGGCAUGUGUUCACUGAUCAGACAGCGGUGUUUUACAUGGAAACCAACUGUGGUCAACUUGAUGACCCCAGAGAAUCUGACCAUCCUCCAUCGCUGUAUAUAUGCAUUGCCACGAUCCUGGUUUCCACUGACUGUGUAUAUUUGUCUGCAUAGAGCUGCAAAUAGAAAGUCAACUGAGAGGCUGCACGUGAGAAGCUUUUUUAUAAAGCUUUUGCAUUAAAAUACAUUUAUGACCCCUGAAAAUAAUCACAAUUACAGGUUUAAAAAUAAAAAGCAAACAGGUUAAGGAAGCGCAGAGCUUGGGGUCAUUUCAGUUAAUUUGAUAAGUGUUAAAUAACAUGUUUAUGCGGUAUGGAUGGCAAAAUCUUAGGCUUUCCUCUUUCACCACCAUCCUUGUAAUAUUAGGGAAAAUGACAGAUGUUUACUCUAAAUAAUCACACAUAACCCCAGUGUGUCCACAUGUGCAGUAUAAAUUGUGUAAAUAUGCUUAAACACAUAUAAUUAAGUUUGAUGACACUGGAUUAGUAUUUAUUUUUGCUGUAAUUUAGUCAUUAAGGCUAUCCCUAACUGUGAAUGUUUCUUCAUCCUGAUGCAUUUUGGGACAGGAGUAAAGGAGACGCCUAAAUGAGCAGGAACAGUGGCAGCAUUUGGCUUGAGUCAGUGGAAGUUUUUGGCCUGGGGUGAGCUACUAAUUGCACUGUAGAUAAAUAGUGGAUCAUGAGCCUGCUGGAAAGGAUUAUUGCUUUGUGAUGACCUCGCCAACAUUUCUUCUGUUUUCUGUCCAAAUGAGUUUUCUUUUGUGAGUUCUCACUGAAGUUUCUAAAUGUUGUACAUUUCAUGUCUCAUGUAUUGUGAGGGUGCCAUGACGCCCCACAUAACAGACUACAAGAUUACACCUGACUGAAGCUUUGACUUCACAUUUCUCACUUUGAUUGUAUAAAUGUAACUUCUUACUCAUGGAAAUGAGCUGAAUCAUGCUCCAGAAAACACAAGAAAACAAGAGUUAUUUUUUUGUGUGGUUAAAGAACAAAUGCCACGUCCCUCUCUUUAUUACCUAAUCUUUGUUUGGAUAGGUUUUGAUUUUUCACGCAAGAAUACAAAACUAAAAGUGUAAAUAUAUUAGCAUUUGUAGGGUACAAACCAGUAAAUGAUGCCUAUGACCAAACCCUUAAAAAAACCUGAAGAAGAAUGUUCAAACACUGAGAAGAAGUGCAGAACUUAAGUCAAAGUAUGUUAAAAAAGGAAUAGAUGUUUUUGAAAUUUGAUCUAACCAACACGUCUCUUAUUUUACUAAUUGCUGUUCCAAAUUGUAUAUCUAUAUUUUUGGGGAAAGACAACUUCUAAGUCUUUUUUGUGCAUUGACAACAGAGAUUGAUUAACAAAGUAUUUUUCUUCAACAAAAUAACUCCCUGAUAAAUGACAGAGAACUGACUGAGGGAUGUUUUCUACAAUGGAAAAUUGACAUUUUUCACAUGUCUAAUUGGAUAAUUAUCUAACUGUGAAUUAUUAAGUCUAAAACAAUCCCUAUAUUCUGAUUUUUUGCCCCCUCACACUCCCACAUAAGCAUCUGAAAAGUACCAGCACAGAGAUCAACACUGAAACGAAAGUAAACUUCUUCCCACUUGUUUAAGUUCUUGCAGGUUUCAAGGAGUGUGUGUUCAUGCUGCUGCUCUGUAAUUGGCUGAAGUUUGGGCUGUGCCUGCUGACCAGGGACUUCUGGGUGGAUCCGAGGUCAAGAUCAUGUCCACUCCUCUCCACACACCCUCUAUCUGGCUGCUUUCAUGAUGUGUAGAACACCUGAGGUUAUACUGUUCCUCAAAAAUGUCUGUCCCAUCUUUGAUGCUGACCAACAGCCAAAAGUAAACAAAAGGCAAAAAUA